ACAAGCGCCCUCGUUAGUUCGGAUAGAAAUUCCAUCAAACACAAAACAUCAUUUUCGUGAUUAUGAAGGCUUUUUCACAUUUAAUGUCUUAAUUUCACGUCUUAAGCUUACGUGUUACGUAUAUUAUAAUAGACGUAGGAUCACUGGAAAAGAAUUCACCUUGAAGUCAUGACAACACAGCAGCAGCAACAGCCUCAAGUGUUUGAUGUCCUAUGGGAAGACAGGGAUGUUCGCUUCGAUAUAAACCCUCAGGACAUGUGUAUGCGACGAGGGGAGAAGGUUAUCGAUUUACUCGACUCCAUUGAGGACACAAAGGGAAAUAACGGAGAAAGAGGAAGACUGUUUGUUACAAAUCUAAGAAUUGUUUGGCAUUCCACAACUAUGCCAAGGGUCAACUUAUCCAUUGGAUUUACUUGCGUCCUUAACGUCACCGUCAGAACAGGAAGCUCGAAAUUACGUGGUCCAACAGAUGCUCUGUACAUCCUAACAAAAUGCAACAACACACGAUUUGAGUUCAUUUUUACUAACCUGGUUCCUGGAAGUCCAAGACUUUUCACUACUGUCAUGGCUGUGCAGAAAGCCUAUGAAACAACCAAGAUGUACCGAGAUCUCAAACUUCGUGCAGCAAUUAUUCAGAACAAGAAUGUCCGACUUCUACCGCUGGAACAAGUGUACAGUAAAGUUGAUGGAGUCUGGAAUCUUUCUAGUGAUCAGGGUAACUUAGGAACAUUUUUCAUCACCAAUGUGAGAUUGGUGUGGUAUGCUAACCUGAAUGAGAACUUCAACAUCAGUGUACCAUAUUUACAAAUACGUUCAGUGAAAAUCAGAGAAUCUAAGUUCGGCAUGGCAUUAGUUCUUGAGUCCUCAAUACAGAGUGGUGGAUUUGUCCUAGGCUUCAGAAUAGACCCCAUUGAAAAGCUCAAAGAGGUAGUUAAGGAGAUUCAGAGUCUUCACCGAGUCUACAGCUCCAACCCAAUAUUUGGAGUAGAAUUUGAGCUCGAUGACCAUCCUGGUAACAUAGAGGACCUAGUAAUUGAGAAUGUACAAGAUGAUGUGGACAUUGUCGAGGAGGAUGAGCCAUCAGAUGCAUUUGCAGCCUACUUUGCAGACGGCAACAAGCAGAAAGAUCGUCCCCCUGUAUUUUCAAAGGAGCUUGGUCUAGCAAUCGAAAAACUCAAAGAUGGCUUCACAUUGUCUAACUUAUGGGAAGUAGUUGAGCAGAAGUAAAACCCUUACAGCUUUGGGGAGUAUGAAGUGAUAUAGAAAGCCUGUGAUAUGCCUCAUUCCCAGCCUCAUCAAAAAAUUGAUUUAUUCUAUAUCCCAUGGUGACAAAGAUUUAUUUAUCUCAACAAUAUGUUGUGCAAUUGAUCCAUCCAUCCACAGCUGAGUGUCAGAUGUCUUUUUAAUGCAGAAUUUUUAUGAAAUAUUCUUGGCAUGGUCAGUAAUUCUGGGCCACCAAAUCAAGGGAAAAAAUUAAAUUUAAAAUGAUAAUUGACGAAAGCAAUAUAUUUAAAAUUACUGCUGCGUAUAAAAUCUGUCAACUUAUUUUAAAAUAGUAUAUGGGGCUUGCAUAUUCAUUCAUAUUCUUCAUACUGUAAGCUUUAAAAUGAUAGGUCAUUUACUUAAAUUGUCUGAAAAGUUAUGAGUAAAAGUAUUAUGGCUUCUCUAUCCUAAAGUAUGCAAUACUGCCACAAUCUUUAUGCUAAUUACUCAUUUGGGAUGGCAAGUCUCAUAUACCGACCCAUUACAGUGAAUAUUCUCCCUCUUGCAAACGCUGGAAACCUCCAGAAUAUUCUCUUGCAUUUCCUCUUGCAAAUGUAAAUAUUAGAAUUGUACAAACACACAUAUUUUCUUGUCACUGCUAUCCAUUCUAAAGACUUCUACUCCCAGCAGUAGUUGAACCAAUAUGUUACCCCUCUUCUGACCAAAUCUUGGCUGCCUUCCUGUUGCUUGGUAGUACUGCAGGUUCAUGUUUUUCAAGCACCUCUAGCAUCUGUUUUAUUUCAUCUGCAAAGUCAUCAAAUUUUGUCAUCUUUUUUUCUUUUAAUUGAGUUGGUUGUUCUGUUUCCACAACGCAGACUUUUCGAGCUCGUCCUGAUUUUAACUUUUUCUGCCUUUCCUGAUUGUCGGUAAUUGCAAUGUUUAGGCAUUCCAUUAGUUCUUGUUCAUUAAAGUCUGGUUUCCUAAAGAGAGGGGCCAUCUCCGAUCAGGCUUCCUCUUUCUGGAAGCCAGUCAGGAGAGAAUGUUUUUCCAUGCUGUUCACCAGCGAUUUGUCGUAUUUUACUGGACAAUUUUCUUCCUUAGACGCAAAGAUUAUCUUCUGUUUUAGGUCAAGUACUUGCAGUAAGAAUGUAUGGGCAGAUUCACUUGACUGCUGUGCCUUACAUGAAAGCUGGUUAAACAACUUUGUUGAAAAUGAGCCCUUAGAAUUCUGCGAAGGGUAGCUAAUGUCAAGUCUCAUUUCCCCUCCAAAUAUCCCCGUAAUUCUGAACCAGGAAUGAGAGCUUUUAUCACUGCUUCGACAAUCUCUGUCUCACUAUGUUCCUUUUUUAAGUUCGGAUUCUAUUUGGUGUACUAGACUCCCAAAUGUUAAUCUAUCUUUUUGGCCUGGCUCUCCAAUUUGGCCACUUAUUCUGAAGUCCUUCCAGUAAACAACUCUUUUUUACAGUGAGGGCUUCUUUAAACUUUUCUUGGAGCCCUUUCAAUUGCGCCUCGUGAGCUGCCAUCAUUUCUUUUAGCUUCUGUUCAUAAACCAUCAGAAUUUGGCCUGUUUCAUCUGGCGCCGCUUCCCCCGUCUACUGCAUUAUCUACAUCAUUAGCAACAACAUCAAUCGGUCCUUCUUGCUCCGCCAUACCAUAAAGAUUGAGAUUAUAACUGGUACCGAUGCUACAGUAAUAUUGUCACUUAAGAUCCGGGCAGUGCCUCCAAAAUUGUUACCCCAGUUACGAUGAAGCUAGGUCCGGUGUUCUGAAAAUAAUACAAUGUAGACAACUUGUCGGCAAUACAGUGGAAGGUUAUUUAAUGAUACCCUCCACCAUCCCAAACCCAUCUACAUACUGUAGCUUAUUUUCCUAGGUUCCACCAUUUAGUCUAUAGGGGUGUUAUUUACAGGUUGUCACAAAUAGAAGGUGCCCUCUAUAGAACUCCUGUAAUUGGAUUUGUAUAUAGUGAAUAAAUAUUUUUAUCUGUUGAAAAAUCAGAAUAAUUUGAAUUCACAAUUCUAAGUCUAUCAAAAAUUUGAAUCAAAUUAUAUGUGUGUGUGUAUACACCAUAUACACCAUUUUACAAAUAUUAAAUGUUUAUGAAAAAAAAAUAUAUUUAUGAGUUGAAAAAUGACCUGUUCCAUUCAACGAGGCGGAGCUGAGUUAAAUAGAAUAGUCCGUCUUUCACAAAAUUACAAUUUUCUUUUCAUUUCUUAAAUAUAUAACAUUCAUUAAUGCACUCAAAAAGUUCCUUUGGACCUUGCCUUGCAAGCCCUCUGGUACAUUUUUCAGGCAUUAAUUUAACUUUCAUAUAAUAAUUUCUACUAGUGUAUUAUUCGCAGCUCUAAUAAUUGCUUAUUGUUUAAUCUAAUCUCCACCAAAAAUGAUCAAGAUUGAUUUAUAGAUAUAUAUAGAGAGUGAGAAGUUGAAGUAGGCCUAGAUCAUUCUGGUCUAUGUUCUUAUAUUAUUUUAUAGGCUUUAGUUGUAAAGGUCAUUUUUUGUACAAUAUUUAUAAUAUUUAUGGUAUAUGGAUUUUGUAUCUGAAAUAAGUGAAUGAAAGAACAUACCUAAAAUAGAGUCUUGUCAUUUGUCGUUUCAAUGUUCUUAGGAACAGUCCAUCAUCUUCACAAUGAAAACUUCACAAUUGAGGUGUUCAGUGGGGAGCAAAUGCAGCAAAUCAAGAAAUUGAUUAUUUUGCCAUUAAAAUAAUGUGUAAUUCCGAUGACAAGGAUCUAUUUAGUAUUGUUAUCUUUGGUAUACACUAUUGUUUACAAAACCUUAUUACAAACUGAUGCUGUAAAUGGUUAGUGAUUAUUGAUGAAUGUACAGUUUAUGAUUGUAUAGUUGUUUGUUGUAAAAAUAAAACAAAUUUAAUAUUA